AUGCUCACCACUAGCUACAAAGGCAGACAGCCCACCUUCUCUUUUGAAAGACAAAUCAAAUUUUCUGCAUGCCUGGAUUUGGCCUUUGCACAGAAUCAAAGUUUUGUGCAGCAGCUCCGAGCCACCCCGCAGAGAGAUAUAUGGCAAAAGCAGCCUCCCGAUUUUAGCCACAAAUUCUAUAAAUCUUCCAGGCCUUCACGAAAACCACCAGAAAAGGAAAAGGAAGAUCUGAAGAAGGCCAAUAGCACUGAGACUAAGCAACAGCUGCCAAAGAUAAAGACCAGCCAGUUCCACACUGCUUCGGAAAGGAAGAAAGAGUUGCCCAAGAUUGUCACAAGGUUUCCACACGUGGGCUCAUAUGAAGUGGAUAUAAUGUUUGUGGAGAAUGGAAAAUAUAAGACUGGCAUAUACCAAGAUCCCAAACCACAUGAUUUUAGGCAGUAUGAAACUAAUAUACCAGACUUUGUGACAAGUUACUCCAGAGACCCUUUCAAUUUAAAGUUCAAAUCUCAGCAUUUAAAUGCAGUUCAUGGACUUCAGCCAUUGAAAGACAAGCAAAAGGACACCAAGGGGAGAUUCAUUACUUACAAGCCUCGUGAAUGCAAAUGGGAAUCCAGGCUAAUUCUGCCAAAGAACCCUUGGCCACCGAAGUCUGCUUCAUUUACGAGACACAGAAGGCGACGUGGUGCCCACACGGCGUUCCUAGAUCGUGUGGAUGAAAAGCUAUGUACAAUAUGGCAGGAGGAAGUAGGUGGUGAUGUUGUACUGUUCCCUGUGGAGCAAACCCAGUGUCUCCUUAGGGCCACAUGA